AUGAUCCAGCUGAAUGUCCCAGAGCAUCGCCGUAGCAACGCAAGGAGGAAGUCGACCAGCAAUAAAGACAGGAUGGAGAGAGUGAGAGAGGAGAGAGAGCGAGGGAGGGAGGAGGACAAAGGAGAAGCAGAGCGUUUCUGUGGUACUGGCUGCAGUCCGGAUUUGCUCUUCUUUCUGUGUGCCAUGUAUGCUCCCAUCUGCACCAUUGACUUCCAGCAUGAGCCCAUCAAACCCUGUAAGGCGGUGUGCGAGCGUGCGAAGUACGGCUGUGAGCCGGUGAUGAAGCGUUACAACCACAGCUGGCCCGACAGCCUGGCCUGCAGCGACAUGCCGCUGUACGACCGUGGAGUUUGCAUCUCACCUGAGGCCAUCGUCAAGGCAGAGGGAUCUGAUCCAUACCCGGACCCAACCAGGUGUAACCCAGAAUCUAGUCCAGACCUUUCAAUGGAACCCAACAACCUCCACUGCAGAGGACCAAAUGGAGAUCGCUGUAAAUGUGAGACAGUCAAAAUGGUCUUGAAAACAUACAGGAAGAACAACUACAAUUACGUGAUCAGGGCGAGGGUGAGGGAGGUGAGGAAUCGCGGCCUGGAGCCCACAGCGGUGGUGGAUGUGAAGGAGGUGUUCAAGUCUUCUCUGGUCAACAUUCCCAAAGAGACACAGACGCUCUACUACUCAUCUUCCUGCCUGUGUCCUCCUCUUGUUCAAGGGGAGGAGUACGUCAUUAUGGGCUACGAGAACGAAGAGACGUCCAGGUUGCUGCUGAUUGAUAGCUCCAUUGCUCUGAAGUGGAAGGACAAACUUGGCAGGAAGGUCAAGAGAUGGAAUCAGAUGCUGAAUGUACCGAGGAAUGGCGGAGCAACAAAGCCCCAGAGUCGCCACUGAGAUCUGACUGUGUGUGUGUGUGUGUGUGUGUGUGUGUGUGUGUGUGUGUGUGUGUGUGUAGAUAUUGCACUAUCGCAGGCUGUUUUAGCUGAAUGUAGUUCAUCUCUUCAUGUGUCAGUCUGUUUUUUGUUAGGGAUGGGGAUCAAGAAUCAGUUCCAAAUUGUCCGAUCCAUCAGCAUCGUUAUGCUUCGGUGUUUAUCAAACAAUUUUUAUCAAUGCCUGCAUGUUUUUUCAGAUAGUAACACACUUCAAAACAAUCACACUCAAGCACUACGCUGCUAGAAAGUCGCAUCAAGAAGAAGUCAUGGCGGACAGGUCGAAAGGUCCAAAGUGCGUUAUCAUUUCACAAAAGAAAAAUGACAUCAGCGCUAGCUUUUCUGUACAAUAAUAAUUUCUAGUAAGUAAACAUGAGCAAUUUGCUGAAACUUCUUUUUAAUCAACAUGAACUUAGAGUCCAGGAAUGCCAUGUAUUUGACACACAUUUUUUUUGUUUAACUAUAAAAACCUAAAUGUAAACAAAUUCAUAAGAAAUAUUCUCAAUACCCUGCGAUGGACUGGAGGCCUGUCCAGGGUGUACCACGCCUUUCGCCCGAUGUCAGCUGGGAUUGGCUCCAGCCCCCCGCAACCCUGUACGCAGGAUAAGUGGUUGACGAUGGAUGGAUGGAUAUUCUCUCAUUUGAUCCAUUUUAAAUGAAGACAGGCUACAGCUAGCUCAAUAAAACCCUUUCACACGAGCUGCACAGGGAGGGAUAAUGACUGAAGAAAAAGGUUAACGAAUGUAGUAAACGAGCGCAGCUGAAAACAUGUUUUUUUUUCAACAUUGAUCAAGAAUCAUUAAGGGAAUGGAUAAAGAAUCAGACUGACAAGCAUUGAUAAUGGCAUUGGCGUUAAAAAAAUCUUAGCAAUUUCCAUCCCCAGUUUUAGAUAUAUUUUCUUUGCACAAGUGUGUGUGUGUGUGUGUGUGUGUGUGUGUGUGUGUGUGUGUGUGUGUGUGUGUGUGUGCGUGCGCGUGUACACCUGAAGCACUCAGUAAAGACGAAGAGAUGGGGGUGGAGCUUCAAAGCUGUAGUACUAAACCUACACACAGCCAUGCAGUAUGUACAUGACUUCUUUUUUUUUUUUUUUUUUUUUUCCUUUUCUUUUUUGGGGAGGAACACAUUUAUUUUCAGUGGGGGCCAUGUUGGCUCCACAGCUCCUCUCCGUGGUCACAGUCUUUUAAUAAUCCUGGAUGUUGGUCAUGACAUCUUGGUGACGUGACAGAGGACAUUUAAGUAAUACGAAAGCCAUUUGGACUCUUGGACAGUUUUGGACUAUGAGAGGUCUGUAGCCAUGACCUUGACUUUACUGAACUCUUUACCGAAGAAGGAAAACUGCAUCAAGACCAACAGCAGCAGGAGCGGCGGCGGCAAGACGUCAACAGUGGGAGGGUUUAUAUACUUUCUUCAGUAUUGUUGGAUCCAGCGCCUCCAGAACAAAGCAACAAAUGUCCGUAUUACAAGUCAUACACUCAGUGGCCACUUUAUUAGGUACACCUGUAGAAUCUACUGCAAGUCAAUGCAACAGCUUUGCCGGAGAGCUGUGUCCUUUGUUUAUUACUGAAGUCAUAGUUAAAUGUGGUUCUUCUACAUUUAUUGAGGUGGUGUUAAUUAUUUGACCUCCCUAUUUACAUACAUGAGUAGGGGGCAGAAUAAAACACCUCCACCACAAACUACGACCUUGCUGCUUAAAAACAUAAUUGAAUUACACCUACGAAAAACUGGACAUUAAAGGCACCAUACAAGUGGAUUUUAUGGCAGAACAGUUGUAUUGGAUUGUACAGGUGUACUUAAAGUGGCCAUUGAGUGUAAGUACUGUAGACAGAGUGUGGAGUGUGCCACUGAAAUAAUUGGAGACUACAUAACUAAUUAGCUAGCUGCACGAGUCAGCUUGAAAAUGUACAUCUCAUGGAGCGAAUGUUUGCUCAGUUACCUAGGGAAAAAAUAAACAACCAUAAAUGACAUGGAAUAUAUUUAAAAUUUGAAAUUCCAUUUUAAAAUUUUGGAUUGUUUUGGAUGAUUAUUUCAUAAUUUAAGGACAGAAUAAGAAAAAUAAUUUGACAAAGUGAGUUGAAGUAAGUUUUUUUUAAAGCAUUUUUUUAAUGAAAACUUUGAAUGGCACACUCUAGACUCCGUGUGUGUGAAUAAUGCCUCUUGAUGAAUCACCAACAUUUUAGAAUUUAUUAUAACUGAUCUUGUGCUCAUCACUUCUAUCAGUGAUAAUCUUUUGUUUUGUAGUUCGGUGAGGUUGAUCAGGUCGUAUGACAUUUUAGGGGAAGUAAAAGAGGUUUUUUUAACUUACUAUUACCAAGACACACUGCUUGUUUGAUUGAUGCGAUGGGGUGUCACACUUCCGACCAACGAAUAUUUGCUCCGUCCCUCAUUCAUUUCUAUAAAAAAUUUAAGCAUGCGUUUCCUGUUUCAGUGAGAUCUCUCGCCGGCUCUGGCAGAUCAGAGAUCACCAUCGUUCAUCUUGUUUAGAAGUACAGAUGUUGUUAUUUUGGUGUCAUCACCAUGAUUAGCACAACACACUACGAACUGUAGCAUCGCUCUUACAGACUUACAGUUUGUGAUCAGUAUUUAUUACUUGCGUCAGAUCUGUGCCAUCACGUCCCGUUUCGGGGGCCGAGUGCAGGGCAGUUUAAUUGAACGGAAGACCAAUGUGACCGUACUUUAACACUACGGAAUAUCAGUUUCUACAUUUUACUGUUCGGGUGUCAACAUUUGUAAGCUUAGCAAGUAUCAUUGGCAAACACUUAGUAAAUAUACAAACCUGGCACUUUUUCCCAACAAUUUACAAGACUUGCCUUGUCUUUGCAUGGGCGGCAUACAUUAGAGGACUUCCGGGAAACUACGAUAAUGACCGUCUCCACACCAAAAAGGAAACUACCGGUAAAUGCCACACUCCAGCCACAUCUAUCGUACAUCAGAUGGAUGAUGCUAACAGAAGAUGUGAUCGAGGUAGAGUAGUGACGAUAAUGUGGGGCAUGAAUAUAAUGAACUUGUCGACCUGCAUCAAGAUGUCGUCUGUGGGAGGGCGAAUUUAUACUUCUAGCGCGAAGCACACCUUCCUAAAAACGUAACUACGUGGCACGGCAACGCAGGCCGCAAGAAGUGUGGCUCCUUAGCAUUUCCGGCUUGUCCAUCGUCUUCUCCCUCAACCAGUUCAAAGCUCGUACAUACCAUCAUCUCCAACGCCUUCUCUGGUUUCUGUGUUUGAGUUAUUUCACUAAAGGUAACAUCGAGCAGCUCAAGCUCCAAAAUGAUCCGCCAUUGUUUGUUGUAGCCCACACCAACAAAGAAGAAGAAGCUCAACAUAGUAGAACAUAGAAACCCCACUACCAACUAGCAUUGUGGCGGUGUAACUGCAGAGCGACGCAGACACUGACGCUCAUGACGGCACAGCAUAGACUUGAAGCAGAAGUAUGAAAAGGCCUUAAGUACAGUUUUCUUUGUCAGUGGCACGUUGAAGCGAAGUGGGCCUCGUUGUUAAAUGUUAAACUCAGUUAAAUGUCAGUCCAGCUGCUCUGAGGGGUAGAGAUUCUUUAUAUGGGAUGUGAUCCACUUGCAUACCAUAGAUUAAGAAUAAGAGCAGCCAUUUUGUCCAUCCUUUUACCUAUCUGCAGCCGGCUGGUCUUUACCCAUACGAAUGAGCUCUGAGAACCGUCCAGCCAGGAAGAAACCAUGAUGAUCAUUCAUAUUAAAGACAAGAAAUUCAUUUAAAAAAGGUGUUUUUCACAGCAGAUAUUUUGACUUGUCAUAUUAGGGGAAGAACAGGUGUUACUAACAUUAACACAUUAACAUUAACAGUGGAUGUGUUUUAUUCAAGUGCCUCAUUUAAGUCUUGACAGCAAGCCAGCAAUUACAGGAUCCUGAAACUAGCUACAAAAUGGAAUUCAGCCAUCCCUCGUUAUUAUCGUCAUGUCAAAAUGUCUUCUGUGAAAACGUCCUUAUAGCAGUUAACUUCAUUGUGACUUUAAAUUACAGACAUGGGGUGUCUCACCACUGCCUCUGACAUACAAACAGCACUCUCAUUAUCGCUCUGUAACUGUUUAUGUAAAUACACUAACACUCAGUACUACAAUACUUUUAUCAGUAAACUAUACUAACACUCUGAACUCUGGACUCUUCACAGCAGUUUGAACCAUUAAACAUGAAUUUAGAUGACA